AUGUCGACCUCCGUAGCAAUUCAGUUCGAUCGAACGUCGGGGAAAGUGGAGGGGGAGUUCAUUCGGUUUGAAGCACAAAAGUACGGUCCCGAUUUCUGCGUAGCCUACAACGUGACAAUGGCGAACGGCAGCUUCCGUGACGAUGGAUUGGAGCCAGUUUCGCUCGUCAUUCAUGCCACGUCACACUUUUUGCGAGAAAUUGAGGGACAGGUUCGUUCAUUGACUCAAAAUGGAUGAUCGCCGAGAAAAGUAGGGGGGCAGGUGAGAGAAAGAAAAGGGCAGCGAACUUUGAAAAUUGUAAGAGUUCCCGGUUGGGUUAGUGAAAGUAACUCAUUUCAGUGCUCUUCCAGAAACUGGAACGGCCCCAUUUCAGUGGCUCUCUUCGUUGAUCGCUUCUCCACUGAAGCAGUCGAGUAUCUCCAUGAAGUGCACAGAUGUUCUUCGAAAGUCAAUCAGAAGGUUCAUCAAUCAACAAAAUACUCAGGUUUCGUUUGUUUCAGUUGAGUCUCCAUGUUGUCUAUCGGAUGUCUUCGUUUCAAAGAGUUUGUGAUCCCAUUUUGAUAAAACUGUCGAAUCGGAGAUGCUCAACAUUCAAUGCAACUAUCAGUAAGAUCUCAUCAUUACCCCCGACUUUUAAUUCUCUCAGGAUCUCGAGAACGCAGUCGUGUCAUUCCCCCGUUCCAAAUUUAUCCGAUUAAUGUGAUGAGGAACGUGGCAAGGAAAGGAGCUCUCUCCUCUAUUCACAUGACUGCCGACGUGGAAAUGGUGUUCAGCGAGGGGUUCGCAGUCAAAAUGAAAGCGCUGGCCAAUAAGUACAUUAACGGAAAAGAUAAGAAUCUUUUGGUGAUACGGUAGGAACGGAAGGAGUAAUCGGCUCAAUUCAGAAUGAUUGCAGGAGGUUCGAAGUUGACAACAAAGCGCACGUUCCAAUAGAUCACAAUGAGCUAUUUCUGAUGAUAAAGGCAUUCCGGUAUGAGUAGGAAAAACAAACAUUCUCUUCAUUCCACAACCACAGAGCGUUCGAAUUCCAUCAUAAGUACUUUCCUGCCGGACACACAAUCGAAUCACUCUGGCAAUGGUUCCGGAUGAGCAAAAAUGCGACAGACGCGUACGCAUGGCCGAUCGAGUACAAGUUAGUCAGCAUUCGGUCCCUUUCCCACAUGUAAAAGUGAAAGUGAACUUCAGAAGUAGUUCGUGGGAAGCUCAGCUGAUUCUUCAUAAGAAGGAUCCGUACAAUCCCGAGUACUUCCCCACCAGAAUCAGAGAUCAACAGAGUCUUGUGUACGAACUCUGUCGGGCCAACUACACUUUCCAUCUGGCAUCGCAUGUUUUCAACGUGCACAGAGGGGUCAAAACAAGCGAAACCAACUUGUCUUCGGCAGUUUUGACUCAUCAGAAACGACUGAGAACCAGGUGAAUCGGCGGGUGACUGAGCGUCGGAAAACGACAUAAUUUCAGAGCAUACAAAAGGUUCAUGCACUAUAUCAACAGUACGUAUCCGGACACCUUGGACCAAUGCGGAAAGUUCGUCAUGUGA